AUGACUCCUGACAUGGCAGAAGGACAUAAGAGAGUACUGAAGGGCCUUGGACGUGGAUCCCGCCAUGUCUCUCUUGCAGUCCUCAGUUGUGGGGAUCCCAUCUACAAACCCUUUUUGUCCCGAGUGGUUGGAGGGGACAACGCAAGACCAUACAGCUGGCCAUGGCAGGCCUCCCUUCAAUACUCUUACAGUGGUGAAUGGUUUCACACCUGUGGAGGAACCCUCAUUGCAACCAACUGGGUCAUGACAGCUGCUCACUGCAUCAGUUUCUCUCGGACAUAUCGGGUGCUUCUUGGAAAAUAUAACCUAUACGCUGAAGAAAAAGGAUCGGUUGCAGCAUCUCCAGCAAAAAUCAUUGUCCAUGAGAAGUGGAACCCUAACAAGGUCUCCAACGGGUAUGACAUUGCUUUGAUCAAACUCUCUCAGCAUGUCCAACUGAGCGAUAAAAUCCAGCUCGCUUGCCUCCCCCCACCAGGCAGCAUCCUUACUAAGAAAGCCAUCUGCUACGUGACAGGAUGGGGAAGGCUGCAGACAAACGGUGACCUCCCAGACGUAUUGCAGCAAGGCCAUUUGCUCGUGGUACCUUAUCCAACCUGUUCCAGCCCUGACUGGUGGGGGACUGUAGUGAAAACCAACAUGAUCUGUGCUGGUGGCGAUGGGGUGAUCUCCAGCUGCAACGGGGACUCUGGUGGCCCACUGAACUGUCAACGUGCCGAUGGCAACUGGGAAGUGAAUGGUGUAGUCAGCUUUGGCUCCUCCCUCGGCUGCAAUUACUACCACAAGCCUUCCGUCUUCACCCGUGUCUCCGCCUUCAAUGGCUGGAUCAGCAAUGUAAGGCUCUUGCCUCUACCACCCAGCCAGGAGAGCAGCUCUGCUUUGUUAACUUGUAAAUGGGCAUUGCCAAGUAGCUAAAAUAACCCAAUUUCAAUUUAAAGGGCUUGUCUCAAAGGGGAAAUUGCCCAGAACAGGUAUUCUUCUGGU